GAUUAUCUCCGGUAUCAGACGGAGUUCGGGAUUCAUGUUACCACCGUUUUCGUGAAUUUUCUGUGUUUUCUGCUUUCUUUUCCGUCGGACAACAGCUGGGUGACUGGAGGCGCCAGAUAUGAAGUGCUGGGAACGAAACAGUGCCCAGAAGUCUUUGCAUCCUAUCCGUCGAAACUGUUCUUCUUCUGGUUAACAAGACUGAUAAUCACUGGAUUUAAGAGGGAAAUUGGCGUCGAUGACCUGUGGGAUCUACACCCGCGAGAUCAGGGUUGCCGCGUCAAUUCCAUAUUUGAGAAAUACUGGGAUCGGGAGAAAAGGAAUGUGGACAAAUUCAACAGUGUUGGCUUCUACACAAGAUCGAACAGCAGACAUGCCAGGUCGGCCUGGGAGAGGAGGAAGGACAGUGCAUAUUACGACGGUGUGCAUGAGCGGUCAUCUCUACUGAUUGCCGAGGAUAUCAAAAUUGGCGUUUGCGAGAGCCCGGGAUCAGAGAAACAGGAGAGCAUUGCCAGCGUGAUGAUGCCCUUGAUCAAACUGUCAUGGCGGAACGCCCUAACAUCUUUUGUGCAGAAAUUCUUUUCUGAUGUUUUUAUAUUUAUGGGACCACUCAUUCUCGGCGCCCUGAUCGAAAAGCUCCAGUAUCCAGACAAAGAGAAAGAAUGGCAAGCCUACGUACUGAGCCUUGGUCUGAUGGUAACGGGUCUCCUAAGGUCGAUGCUGUUCACCCACAGUAUGAACAGAAGUGCUAUCAUGGCCAUGCACAUGAAGACAGCGCUCGUUGGUGCCAUCUACAAGAAGGCACUGACCAUAUCAAGUUAUGCCAAGAGAGGUUCCACAGUUGGGGAAAUUGUCAACCUUAUGUCUGUAGACUGUCAGCGGUUACAGGAAAUAGGCACACUGUUCAUAUUUUUGUUGUCCACGCCAGUUCAGUGUAUCUUUGCUGUUAUACUGCUGUAUAACAGUAUAGGGAUCUCAGUGCUUACUGGUUUGGCCCUGAUGUUGCUAUUGGUUCCCUUCAACGCGUGGAUCGCCAAUCAGCAGAAACGUUUUCAGGAGGAGAACCUCAUGUACAAAGAUUCUAGGAUCAAGAUGGUCAAUGAGAUACUGAAUGGCAUGAAGGUACUGAAACUGUAUGCCUGGGAGGAUGAGUUCAAGAGAAAAGUUGAGGUGAUCCGUGAAGCCGAGGUGAAACAGCUGAGGCUGAUUGCCUUACUGUAUAUACUUGCUGGUGUCUUGUGGGGCAUGGCGCCUUUUCUGGUUGGUCUCUUCACAUUUGCGACCUACCUCUUGAGUGACAGAACCAAUGUUCUGGACCCACAGAAAGCCUUCGUGUGUCUCGCCUUAUUUAACUUGCUGAAAGUGCCCCUGUAUUACAUUUCCACGCUACUUACAUACACAGUGCAGAUCAAUGUCUCGAUCCAGCGGCUGGACAACUUUCUCACGAAAGAGGAUCUGGACCCGACAAACACUGUAUGGGACGUCAAUGCAGAACAUGGGGUCUGUAUUACAAACGGGACAUUUACUUGGGACCCGGAGCUGAAGCCAACACUUAGAAACAUCAACUUGACGGUUGCAGUGGGACAGCUCACAGCCAUUGUCGGCCCUGUGGGGUCGGGAAAAUCCUCGAUGAUCGCAGCCAUUCUCGGGGACAUGGAGAAAGUUCAAGGCCAAGUGAUAGUCAAAGGCACAGUAGCUUAUGUCUCCCAGCAAGCCUGGAUACAGAACGCCACUGUCAGAGAUAAUAUUCUGUUCGGGAAGCCGUUCAACAGACGCCGCUACGCCCAGGUCAUCAAAGCGUGUGAGCUGGAGAGAGAUCUCACCAUUUUGGAAGCAGGCGACCAGACAGAGAUUGGAGAAAAGGGCAUCAACUUGAGUGGUGGACAGAAGCAGCGGGUCAGCCUAGCUAGAGCCGUCUACAGUGACGCUGACGUCUUCCUGUUCGAUGAUCCACUCAGUGCCGUCGAUGCUCACGUAGGAAAAGCUAUUUUCAAGAAUGUUGUAGGCAGGAAUGGUAUCCUCGCCAAAAAGACCCGUGUUUUUGUAACACAUGGCGUCCACUGGCUUCCCCAAGUCGACGAUAUUGUAGUUCUCUACAACGGCGCCAUCUCUGAGCAUGGUUCGUAUUCAGAACUCCUAUCACAUAACGGAUCGUUUGCCCAGUUCCUGCAGGUCUAUCUCACGAUGCCUAGCCACGUCGGUGACGAGGACAGCAGCAGCGAGGACGAUCCUGAGA